AUGGAUCUUCCCUGGUAUUCGCUUCUAAUUCCUCUGCUUGUUUUCAUUUUCUUCCUUCAUCAGUGGCUCUUUACUACUUCAAACACAGGCCAAAAUAAGUUACCACCAUCUCCAAAAGGGCUACCAAUCAUUGGAAAUUUGCAUCAACUUGGGUCGCAUCCUCACCGCUCUCUCCAUAAACUAUCAGAAAAACAUGGUCCAGUCAUGCUACUUCACUUGGGCAGUAAGCCAGUGGUUGUUGCUUCCUCUGUUCAUGCUGCUCGUGAUAUCAUGAGAACCCACGAUCUCGUCUGGUCAAGCAGACCUAAAUCCAGCAUCGUUGAUAGACUAUUUUAUGGCUCCAAGAAUGUAGGCUUUAGUCCUUUUGGUGAAUACUGGAGGCAAGUAAGAAGUAUUACUGUGCUUCACCUUCUCAACAAUAAAAGAGUCCAAUCUUUUCGUGAUGUCAGAGAAAAAGAAACCGCCAACAUCAUUGCAAAAAUCAGGCAAGGAUGUGAUUCUUCGAGUUCAGUGAUAGAUUUGAGAGAUCUAUUUUGUUCUCUGACUAAUAACAUAAUUAGUAGAGUGGCCUUAGGGAGGAAAUAUAAUGAAGGGGAAAGUGGGAUGAAUGCUAAGGCCACCCUGGAACAACUUCUUGAACUUCUAGGUGUUUUUAGCAUUGGGGAUUAUAUUCCAUGGCUUGAAUGGCUCAAUAAAAUCAGUGGCCUGGACAUCAGAGUAGAGAAAGUAGCUAAAGAGUUGGACGCAUUUUUAGAGAUGGUGAUUGAAGAACACAUGACUAGGAACAAGAAAGAAGAAUACCACGAGAGUGAAGCCAAAGACUUCGUGGACGUUUUGCUUGAAAUUCAGAACGAAAAGGAAAUAGGCUUUCCUAUUCAAAGAGAUUCAUUGAAGGUUAUCCUCUUGGAUGUGUUUGCUGCGGGUACGGAUUCAACAUAUCCAGCUCUAGAGUGGACAAUGACUGAGCUUUUGAGGCAUCCAAGAGCUAUCGAAACAUUACAGAAUGAAGUGCAAGGAUUAGCCCAAGGGAAAUCGGAGAUAACAGAGGAUGACUUGGGAAAUAUGCAGUACCUGCAAGCAGUGAUCAAGGAGAGUCUCAGACUUCAUCCACCGUUUCCGCUACUACUUCCUCGAGAAUCAAGAGAAGAUGUAAAAUUACUAUGCUAUGACAUACCUGCUAAAACUCAAGUCAUAAUUAAUGCUUGGGCAAUCAGAAGAAAUCCGUUGUCGUGGGAUGAUCCAGAGGAGUACCGGCCAGAGAGGUUCUUGAAUAGUAAUAUUGACGUCAAAGGAGUAAACUUUGAAUUGAUUCCCUUCGGAGCAGGCAGAAGGGGCUGCCCGGGAAGAACUUUUGUUGUUGUUGUGAUUGAGUUAGCAUUGGCAAAGCUUGUACACAAGUUCAAUUUCACAUUACCAGAAGGAUUAAGAGAGGAGGAUUUGGAUAUGACUGAUGUCUUGGGUAUGGCAUGUGGGGCUGCCUCCUUGCUGUACGGUUGCUCGACGAACCGGCUGACGUCCCGUUUGGUAGCAGUUUCGGGGCGAUCGAUAUCUUAUCAACCCUUUCUUGGUUCUCCCUCAUUUGGUCUCAGAGCGCUUUGUUCUCGUUCUCCAUUUCUUCCAUUUUCUUUAGAAUGGCCGCAAGUGCGUCAUUACUUGCAUCAACAACGGUGUGAGUGUUACCUGUUGGGAGAGGAGCGGGAGCAGGUUGCUCGUUGGCGGUUGCUGUGGUAUCCGCUCGUGCGAAGCUUCUACUCGCCCCUUGAACGAGUUUGUCGAGUAUGUUGUUUAGAUUACUUGUCAACCACACCUCCAGUAGUUUUUUCACUGCUGGUGGCGCUUCCUCAGUUGUGGACAUGGAGGCUCUCCUUUCGAGUGAAGCGGUUAUACUUCAAUGAGGGGGAGGUUGCUGGCAUUGUCUUUCUGGCGUAUGUUGUUGUUACUGUUUCAUUGCCUUUUUUUCAUCUUCUUGUGCUGAGGGUCUUUCGGAAACAGUUUCUCUACCCUCCAGGGUAG